UGUGCGCUCGCAAUUGCGUGACGACUCGCGCACAAGCAUGUGUAUUGUACGAUACGAACGGAAGAAGCGGACAUUUAUAGAAGGAUCGAGCCACUUAUCGAGAGUACUCGAGACGUUACGUUUGCGUGGAAUAUUCGGAUGUUAAUUGCAAGAGGAUUAAUGAAACUUGAAAAAGUCAUUCGAGGAUAUUGAAUCGGAAGUAAUUAUCGGUAUUAAAUUGAUCUUGAAAUACUAUUUCGUAAACUAUUUAUUAAUUAUCGUAUAAACUUAUUUGAGAUAAGAAGUUGUAACAAAGCUCGAAGUGGUCUCCAACGUUAUUUAUCAGAUAUUUUUAAACUUUAUUCGUGGAAAAGUUCGAAAGGAAAAGUGAUAGAGGAAGAAAAGUGCGUAUCGGGAAUACGAGCUGUUAUGAAGAAUUGAUGAUUCAUUCAUUGAGAUUGAACGCGCAGUAUGAGUGAACUUGGCAGACUGGAGGCGUGCGGCCGACUCGUGUGCUGCGCGCAGAGGCUGUGCAGAAGCGGAAGCGCAACAGAGGAGGCCGAGCAGCGAAUCAAUCGGGGGCGAAGGGGUGCACAGGCGGGCCCCGAGUUGGAGGGGCCCUCAGGCUCGGAGGAUGGCAUCCUUCCGAUCCCGGUCAGCCCCAGCCCCGCGUCCACGUCCUCGCAGGAGGACGCGUGCAAACCACCGCCCCGCAAUUGCUAUCGUCUGGUUAUGCUCGGUAGCGCGAGAGUUGGAAAAACGGCCAUUGUAGCACGAUUUUUGUCCAACAAGUUCGAGGAGAGUUACACACCGACGAUCGAGGACUUCCACCGAAAGCUGUACAGGAUUAAAGGCGAAGUCCACCAGCUUGAUCUUCUGGACACGAGCGGGAAUCAUCCGUUUCCGGCCAUGCGACGAUUAUCCUUCUUAACAGGAGACCUGUUCGUGGUGGUGUUCAGUUUGGAUUGUCGAGAAUCGUUCGAGGAGGCCAUCAGACUGCGUGAAUCGAUCCUGGAAACUAAAGUAAGCGCGACCCAAAGUGCAACGAAGAGCAGGAGCAAGAGUCACUUCAAUUUGAAGGUUCCUAUGGUCAUCGUCGGAAAUAAAUGUGAUAAGGAUACAAAAAUAGUUACGGUGGAAGAGGCUGAAGAGUACUGCAACAGUCAGGACGAUUGCUGCGUAUUCGUGGAGGCGUCCGCGAAGAGGAACUACCACGUGGAGGAGCUUUUUUACCAACUGUUCGUAGUGGCAGGCUUGCCGUUGGAAAUGGCGCCGAAUCAUCACAGAAAGGUCCCGCUCACUUUCGGAUCUCCGACCAUGUUACCACCGUCACAGCCGAGGCACAAAGCCACCCUGAGUAUAAAGCGGCGGCUGAGCGACGCCUGCGGCGUCGUGGCGCCCAACGUACGCCGGCCAAGCAUCAGAACGGAUCUGAUGAUUAUGAGAACGAAAACGUGCAGCCUGGCAGCCGGGAAUGAGAACAACGCGCCCGGAUCGAGGAUCACCCUGCGCGCGGACGCCAGAAAGACGUGCUCCAUCCAGUGAUAGAUCCCUGCUGUAGAAAAAAAGAAUUAAGAAAGAUUCGAGAGGAAUCUGGGUGUUCGAAGGGCGAUCCUCGUUAACGAAACACGAUUCCCUCCCCCGAUCCAUGGAUCGAGUCUUUCUCUCUCUUUCUCUUUUCGAAAGAAGAGAAACGAUUCUGUACUUUGAUGCUCGAAAGAAGAAGGAGGAUGAAAACGUGAAAUACUCUGACGGUAUUUGCGUUUCUCCACGCAUAACGACACAUAAGGGCGAGGAAUCGUGAAGCGAGGAGGAAAAGGGAAACGUUUAAACCGACCACGCCGCUCGCCUUAAUUAAUUAAAGAGAUAGGUCUAGCAUAGCGUCCCGGAAGUGAAACGUGUAUUAAUAAAAGGUAGAAUCGGAGGAUCGUUUGUUAAGAUUAAAUCAAUCGAUCGGAGUUAGAGAGAAGGGGAUAAGAGAUAAACAUUUUCUCGUGAUAAACAUUCGGAUCUUUUUGAGGAACGGUCGAUCGUUCGUAUGCUCGAGAAAUAUUUAUCGAAAUACUUUACUUUUUCUUACUCGAAUAAAAUUCUUGAUCGAAGACAUGUUCAUGAUUGUAACAAUGUGUAGAUUGAAAAAAAUAAUGAUUCUAUUCGUUGAAUCAAUUUAUCAAUUUGAUUGGGAUAAUUAAUUUGAUCUGGGAACAGAGGAUCGAUACGUAGUUUGUACGAAUGGUCGACUGAUUCGACUGUGUGACGCUUGGAUUCUAUUUAAGCAUGAUCGUUAAGCCGAUACGAACCAAAUACUGUAUACGUGUAUAUAUAAUUAAUUUAUUAUCAUGGAACGUGAUGGCUACACUAUUGUAUCGAAUAUGCAUGAGCAUUGGAUCAAUCAUCGGGAAAAAUUUGAAAUACCGCUUGGAAAUACUCGUUCAAUAUAUCUCAAUAAUUAACCGGCAAUUAUAAUUCGUCCAAUUUAUAAUCGAUCGAUUCGAGUUUCAUUCCCCCUGUCAUCUGUAAUUCUAAAUUGAACGAUUCAACUUGUUUUUAAAAAAAAAAAAAGGAAAAAAGAAUAAAUCGCGAAUAAAUCUUGUCGUUCAAAUUAUUCGAAACGCCUGCAACAUUAACGCACAACGUUGCUCAACGUUGAAACAUUGUUAAUAAUUAUGUAAUAAUGAAAAAAAAAAAAAAACAUAACGCGUGUAAACGAGAUCUUACAUCUUUUCGUAAAAAACUCAUCCCUGAUUUUUCGGACCAAAUGAAACGUUUCGUUCUCUUGUAAUAAAUGCGUAAAUAACAAAUAA